GUUAUUCUUUCGGAAAUCGGACUCUAUUCUUGUUGAGUUGUAUUCGUCUGGAGGGGCGAAUGACUGAAACCACCCACCGAGUCUGUUUGUUUACAUGACUUUUGCCCCGGUAAACAAACGAGUCUAUGCGUUUGAUAAGUAGUAACUUUUAGUAGUGUUCAAAUCGCUAUUCCAUUUUUGUCGUGUUUCUUGACAUUUUGACCGUCUCCAGGUUUUUUGUUUUAACAAAUUUUAGGUAUUAUAAUUUUUUCCUUUGGUGUAUAAUGUUAGUAUAAGUAGAAACAUGAAUCUUUAUGCAGUAUUUUUUUUCGUAGUUGAAAUGUUAUUUGAGAACAUUACCGCAUAAUAUAGUUUACGUCAUAUGACAGACAUUCUUUUUGCAUGGCCCACCUUCUGAUUUUUUAACUCAAAAUUUGGAUCCUAAACAGUCGCAUGGGAUCUUAAGCUUGCAUUCUUAAGGACAGACACUGAGUAAAUUCCGUUAAUAGUAUAAAAGUAUGUAGGAAAUUAAUAACCCUUGCAUAAGGAACAAGAAAUUAACGGGUGGGUAUUGCUUGGUUAGGAUUUCGUUUGUGAAAGCCAAGGCUGGAGGGAGGCCAGUCUUAACUUUGGUGCGGUGGAAGUGCAGAUGAUGAAUUUCAUCCGGCCAAACUCCCUAUCCCUAACCGAAUGGUUGUUUGUUGUGUGAAGGCAAACUAUCAAGGCCGUUAAAUGUCGAAACAAGAAGAAAAAAAUAAAAGUAAAACCAGAGCCCAGCUGAAUUUUUACUAAUGGCUUCAAGAACAUCAAAAGAAUGUGGUAUCUGCAAUGAAGUUUUUGAUGAGGAUCAACAUUGUCCCAAGAACUUGCCAUGUUCUCAUUGUGUUUGUGUACAGUGUAUCGAUCAACUUAUUAAAACUGACCGGAAACUGUGCCCUUUUUGUCGUCACCCCUUUGUGGAGAGCUCUGCACAAGACUUUGGUACAAAUUUAACUGUGCUGGAACUGCUUAAAUACGUGAGUGAGCUGGAAGCCAGUAUUCAUGGACGGCAUCGGCCGGCAGACAUAAAUCCUUAUGUGAAUUUACUGAUAAACUGUCGAUUAGAAAAUAGAGAAAUUAGUCAAGUAAAUGUUGAACGUUGUAAGGAGUCUAUGGAUCGAAUUACAAAAGCCAUAAAGAACAAUGAAGAACUGAUAAAUAAAUUAAAAUGUUCAAAGGAGAAAUUAAGAAAUAAAAUAUUGUCUGUGUUGAAAGAAAUUGAGGAUUCAAAUAGUAAGCACAUUGCUUACCUUACACAUGAAAAUGAAAGUUUGAAGAGGCAGUUGGAUGCUUUGGUCCGCCAAGAAAGACAAGUACAGGACAUAGAUUUAAAGCUCGAGAAUUCUGAAGAUUUUACAACUUGUGGGAGAUUCAUAGAUGAGGCCAAAGAAAUUAAUGCAACUUGCACCAUAUUUAUGGAAGACCUAACAGAAUUUCUCUACAAAAAUAAGAGAUCUCGACACAGCAUAGGAAAGGCAGUGGAAAAACUGAAGCGUGAUCUUGUAUCCAUAGAAGAAAUUCUGAAUUCAAGAGCCCUAGAAGAAAAUGAAGAAAUCAAUCUCUCUCCUGGUAUGGUUGCAAUGGCUGGUGAAGAGGAUGUUCCUGAAAUAUUAACAAGGCAAACAUGCGGCUCAUCAUAGCACUAGUUUUAAAUUGACUCAUUUCUUCAGAAGUGGAGAUAAGAACAGGUGCCCUGUUAAACAGACAUGGAAAAGUCAAAAUGACCAAGGACCUUGGAAUAGUUAGUAUAAAUAUUUCCACAGUGCUCAAACGUGAAAGUAAAUUAAGAGAAAUCCAAAAUGGUAUUAAAGAAAUCCUACAGAAGGGUGAUAACAGUGCCAUGUCAUUAUUGGAAAAGUUGAGCAUGAACACAGAUAACACAGAGAACAAGGUCCAAAAGAUUUCCGCUUACCCUUCAUUGAAACUGCUCUAAAUCAUUUGUUUGGGGUUGCUACUGAAGCAAAUGUAGAACAAGAAAAGGAAGGAAUUGACAGACUGGAAAAGUGGGCAGCCACAAUGUGUACAGUGAUAAAUAAAGCUGCCUCUCACAAUAAAAAUGCAGAACAAAUAGAAAAAUUGAAAGUCUUCAUAAGUCAAGUAAAUCAGAAUGUAACAAAAGAAUUCAAUAAGACAGAAAAUAUAGUUUUUAAAAAACUUUGCACUGGAAAGUGAAGUGAUGUUACACGAACAUAAAGACAUGCUCAAUGCUGUCUUACUUGCUUACAAAGGUAUUUUGAGCCCAAUACUAAUCACUCCAAAAAAAUUAGAAGAUAUUA